CCUGAAAUUAUAGUGACUUUAGUUUUCCCCUAUGUCAGUGUGACAGGUGUGAGUUUUGGAGGGAAAAGUGUGAGAUAUUUGAGACGUUUUUCCUGAAAAAUGACGCAAAUCAACAAAAACCCCCUCACUGAAUAUUUCAAGCAAAUUGUACGAGACAGCGGCAUAAAAUUGGCUUCGGGCGAUGAGCCCAAUAUUUUGACGCAGGAGCAGGCACUGGUUGUGCGAGAUGUUGAAAGGGCGAUUCAGGAGGGUGUCUCAGGCGAUAAUGUUGAGAGAUUCAUCAAGGGUUUUAAUAUUUUGAUCAGGAAGGAGAAAUAUUUGAAGAAGGCUUUACUGCCCACUGUUUUUCGGAUGAGGCGCAGUGGGGGUGAGAGUUGUGAGGAUUUUGGGGCGAUGGAAGUGCCACAAGACAGUCUAUUUCGGAUAUUCCUGAAGGUGCGCUCCCUCCAGCCACCCAUCGUGGAAAUCGUCCUCAACGAGCUCACCACGACCACAGCCGUGGACACCUUCGACCCAGGUCACCUCCGUCUCCUCCUCAAACAACUCCCCUACCUCCCCUACAUCAAAACUCCCGAAACGCUCACAACCAAACUCCUCGACAUCAUCGACAUAGCUCCCUACGGCGCCCAACUCGAACUCCUCCACUCCAUCCCCGACAUAAUCCCCGACAGCGAACACCACACAGUCGUCAAAGAACUCGCCAAAAUGCUCGACAAUACCAACAUCUCCGGGCCCAUAAUCGACUGUCUGAACGCUUUAAACCUAACCCCCGACAUGCGUACGCACGUACAAGACCACAUCUUGUCCAAAAUGUUGGCCACCAAACUAUUCCCAGUGUAUUUGGACUUUUUACUAACCGACUGCACCAGCAAGACUUUACCCGGAAUUUUGCCCAAGCUCCGGGACGCUUUAAACGACAUCAUGUCACGUGAUGAAGACGCCGAAUCAAAAAUCUCCAUUUUCACAAAACUACAAAAAUGGGCGAAUUUGAAACCAGUCUCCGAAGCGUGGUUAAGUCUCAUUGCAAACACGAAAGACCACAAAUACAUCGACUUGCUACUCUUGUCCAUGCUACAUGCCCGCAAAAAACGGACCAUUGAAAGCACAAUUCGCAAAAAAAUCAAAGACGGCCAGUUCAAGUCACUCCAAGUGGAGCAACUUUUCGCCCGGGAUUUCCCCCAACAAGUGUUCCGCGACUAUUUUGGUACGUUUUGCGAAGUCGGGUCAAGUCUCCUACGCACGUCAACCGCUCCAACAAUCGUGGAAUUUGCAUCGACACUCUUCAAACUCCUCUUCACACACAAGCGCACCGUUCGGAUCUACCGCCAGGAAGUGCUGGAAAAUCUGAUCGUCUUGGUUGGCUGCACUGACAAUAAGACAGCGGUCCUCAACAUUGUCAAUGACUUGGUUCCCCAAAUCCUCCAAGCACCAAACCAUGCCACGAUUUUGAUGCGUCUCCUGGAGAUUGAUUCGUUCGAACUGAAGGACAUUAAGCUCGUGUUUGAGAUUUUGUGCAAAGUGACGUGUUCGGAUGAUUCUUUGAUCGGCCUACGCGAGGAAAUACACAUGUUGGUGCGCAAACAAUUGUCCAACUUUAAACAAACUGCCAAAGAACGCGGCAUCAUAUCGGCCGUGGUUUUGGCCAAGAACAUAGCUAGUGUUAGUGGUGACCAAAGUGAUGUGUUGUCCGAGGAGUCAAUUGCCAGUAUUGGACAAUUGACAGGUGGGGCGAAGGACGCAGCUAACUUACUCACUGUGGUUCAGAGCUCCACGGUUAAUACGCCUGAUCUAGUCAGUCUGUAUUACGACCAGUUGGCAGCAAUGAUUUCCAAUAGUGAUGGGUUAGAUAAGCGCUUCCUGGCCUGGCUCCACGAACGCAUAACCACCGACUUCCAGAAUUUCUACAUCACGGAAACAAGCGACACAACAAUUGGUGAUUUGGAAGUGACCAAACAAUAUGAUCUGAAUGGUGACGAAGAAAUGGAUGCGCCAAUUUCAAUCAACAUUGCUGAAUUAACCCUCAGGCCGGGCAAACACUCGAUCGUUGCCCUAGCGCCCCAUUUCCGACUGUUGCGUUUGGUGCACUUUCGGCAACAAAACGGCGACUUGGACACGAUCGAUGCCUUGCUAGGCUGUGGGGUCAUUCUGCCAAAACAAUUGCAAACAACCGACUGUCUUUUGCACUGUAUCAACUGGUUCCGGGAGAUAAUUAGUGGUUUCGUCCUCCAGAAACGUGAGAAAUUGAGACGCAAAGUGCUCCAAAGAAUCGAUCAUUUGAUCGAGUUGGAACAACUGUUUUCCGAGUCACUUGACUCAAUCCCCAAAAAACUGAAAAAAACCAACCGGGAACGGGAAACUGUCCUUGACACAACCUUCCGGGAAAUGGACACCGAUCUAGUGACACUCCUCAAAUACCCUCUCGAGGCAACACAUCAAGUUAGCCUGAGCGUGAAACAACUGAACUUCAUUUUGGGGGAUUACGUGCGCAAGCUGUCACUUGUGACGAAAGGGGGCGACCUCGGUUUGUCACACUUGGGGGCGGUCAGCCCCUUGCAUGUGAUAACCGAUUCGGUUAAAACCCUUCCGCACAUCAAGCGACACUUGACGGCGGUUUUGCCCGAAUGUCACACCAAUGACGAGGCGAAAGCCACCUUCGGAUUGGUUGUGGAAUGUUUGUGUUUGAUUUUUAAUUGGCCCGGCUUACAACACGCCAAACGUCUCGUCCUAGUUAAAGACAUCAUCAAGGCGUUCCGUUCGGGUGACAGUGAGCUGCACUCGGCCAAUCACCUCGUCACCGAACUGGUGGAACAACUAGCCGACUUGACGCAAUUUUGCACGUGUCUAACACACGCAGUCCACUUGAUUCAAACAAUGGAAGCCCUCCAUAGUAUCACUCCGGUGGGCAUAGUACGGACAAAAAUCGCCAAAACUGCGAGAGAAUUGCUUGAGAAACAGUGGGAUAAUUACAGUUCGUCAAAUAUUGAUGUUCUAGUCCGCUCAUAUCUGAGCAGUGCUAGUGUUAAAACCCUGUGUGGGAUUGUUGGUACGGUCCAGGAGCAAGCCCCAGGUCUCACUAAGAGUGAACCGUUGGAGAUGCUCAAAAGUGUGACUAAGACCAACUUUUUCGUUUUCUACCGCAAUUUAUGGGCCUGUUUGCACGAUCGUGUCAAAAGCGAGACGAAUGCGCAACAUGUGGCGACCUGGCGCACUAUUGCCCUCACAAUGCAAGGCUUGAUGGCGGUGGCCAAGGCACAGAAAACCAAACCGAACCUGGUCUAUUGCCUUAAGAAGUCCACCGCGAUUUUGAAGCUUUUUCUCACGCAUGGAAUCCCAAUCUUGGAAAUUGAGUUCAAAGCAAAGUCGGAGCUUGUGAUUGAGAUUUUCAAAACCAUGCAUUCGAAUGCACGGUUCUUGCACCAUUUGUGUUGCUAUUCUAAAGCGACUAAAGACGUUGGUUUAAUAUCGCACGUGCCGCAGUUUCGGUUAACUUUCGAGACGCUGGUGUACCGGGUUAAGGCCGCUUUGGCGGCAAAUGGGUGUUCGGCGGCGUUCUGGAUGGGGAAUUUGCGGAAUCGGGACUUGGAUGGGGAGGAUAUUUUGAGUGAGAGUAGCGAUAAUUCGAGUCAUGAGGGAGGGGGUGAGGAGGAGGGGGGAAGUGAGGGGUUACCGAGUGAUGAUGAGUCGGUUGGGGAUAAGUCGUCGAGUGAGGUUUUUGAGUAACUUACUUUCUCGGUUUGGAUGGGGUUUGUUAUAAUGCCCUCUUUGAUGAAAAGGCCAUAGUCGGCGUAAAACUUCUCGUAUUCGUCUGGUUUUUUGUUAAGUUGGUCUAGGAGGAACUUCACGACACGGCUAGUCAGGACGUCUCGGAGUUUUCUGCAAAUUUAUAUAAUCUAAUUUUUUUGUAAUUUUCUAAAUAUAUUAAUUGUUAAAUAAG